UUACGUGUGAGAAGGGGACCUGGUCCGGCAUUGUCACUCCAGAGUGCCGCCCCGAGGAAGAAAUAGAAGAAGAUUGUGAAAUGCAGUAUGUUUGGGACUACUCGGGCGAGUUUUGGCCGCUAGCUGACGGCUCCUUGAACCCGGGCUCCACUCUCAUGUUGUACUGCUCUGACGGGUUCGGGGUUGCUAAUGGUUACGACAAAGUAAUGUGUGUGACAGGAUCAACAUUCGAACCUCGGGAAUUACCAGAGUGCGUAGAACUGGAGAUAACAGGGUGUCCCACCCCCAACAUUCAACACGGACAAGUUGACCCGGACCUAGAUAUAGAGGUCGGGGACACAGUGUACGUGACAUGUGACCAGGGUUAUGAACUACAAGGACCGGAGGAGCUGGAAUGCGGGGCGGAUGGUAGCUACGAUGAGCUGCCUGUCUGUACUGAGGAGCUUAUAAACUGCCCAGUACCAGAGAUACUUAAUGCUCUAGUCAGUCCAGCAUUUCCUAUAUCACAAGGAGACAUCUACCUGAUAGCUUGUGAUAGAGGACAUGAGCUGAUCGGAACAGAAGAGCUGGUCUGCGGACGGGACGGACAAGCCACCUCGGAAAACCCGGACAACUACCCGGAGUGUAUCUACCUGCCGGGGCCGUGUGAUAAACCCAGGAUAGAGAACGGCUGGGUUACAUACGAUCAGGACGACCUGGAGAUCCCUUUCAGAGCGGAGACGUUCGUAGUGUGUUACGGGCCGAACUACGGGCCCCCUCAGACACUGGUCACUUGUAUGGGCAACAACCAGUGGCAGCCUGCCAUUCCAGUCUGUACCUGGCAAGGACCAACUUGCGAGUUUCCAGUAAUAGAGAACGGAGUGGUGAGCCCCCAACUAGAGGAGGUACUCCCAGAACAGGUACUCACAGUCACGUGUACUGAGGGGUACGAGAAGAACCCCCGCGUGGAUCUGGAGUGUGUGUACGCGGGCGGACACGCCCAAUACAAUCACAAACUACCAGUCUGUGAGAGGACCAGUUCCUCCUGCAACACUCCGCAAAUACAGAACGGUUAUGUGGACGGUCCCGAGCCGUUGCAAAGAGACGACAGAUUCACAGUGGUAUGUGACGAAGGGUACGAGCUAGCUGGACAGCAAGGAUCGCUGAUCUGCUUCAAGGAUAACAUCUACUCCCAGCUGCUUCCUUCUUGUCAGAUGAGCGAUCUUAAUGUUACAGAGUGCGACAAACCGGAAAUACAGAACGCUAAGAUCCUAGGAACACCUCUUACUGGCUACUAUAUAACUGUGAUAUGUGACGAAGGGUACUCUAUAGGGGGAGAGAGCAGACUACAGUGUCUGAACACAGGCCAGUUCGACCAGGCCAUGCCCCAGUGUUCUGAGAAACCCCCGGACAGAGAGCUGCUCUGCGGAGAGAGGACCACAUUGACCAUGUUGGGUGGCAGCUUGGAGGGCACUGACUUUGUAACAUCACACCCUACUGGGGAGCCGGAUGCAGACCCGGACCAGAUCCCCACAGUGACUAUAUUCGGAGGGAGCCCGGCUAAACCCAAGGAGUUCCCAUGGAACGUGCUGAUAGAGUUUAGCAAGGGGCGGUUCUGCGGAGGUUCCAUCAUCAGCAGAGAGUGGGUCCUCACAGCGGGGCAUUGUCUCCUCGAUAACUUCUACCAGCGCUGCAACAACAGACUGGACCCGGGCUGCAACACCAUGUCUAAGAACGAUGUGAGGAAGGUGAUCGCUGGGAUGUACGACAGAGACUCCAACAACGAGCAGAGACAGAUCAGAACAGCUACCGACCUCAUACUGCACCCUUACUUCACCUCUCAGGCCACUUACAUAGACUUCGAUGUGGGACUAAUCAAGGUAAACGAGCCCUUCACCUACAACGAGAUGGUGAACAGAGUGUGUCUACCUAAGGCAGGGGCGGGCACUCUGGUGGGCAACCAGAAACUAGAGAUCUCAGGCUGGGGUAAAACCAACUCCUCGAGUGACUCGUCCAUCAUGUUGAAGACCAAGGUUCCGUACGUGAGCAGGGAAGUGUGUAACGAGGACAGAUCGUACGGAGGGGUGGUUACAGAGACUAUGUUCUGUGCUGGCUUUCAGGCGGGGAGAAAGGACGCGUGUCAGGGAGACAGUGGGGGUCCGCUCGUCUACCUGGGCUCUAACGGUACCUUCGAGCAGGGCGGCAUUAUCAGCUGGGGGCGGUACUGUGCCGCCGAGAACUUUUACGGGGUUUACACGAACUUGCCCUACUUUUACGAUUGGAUCAUGAACUAUAUAAUUGAGAACUAAGUAAAAGCUUACCCGUUACCAUAGUAACUGCAGCAGUUAACCUGGGACUCCCGGAAUUGAAGUAGUGCCUGUUGUUCCUGAUGCUGGCACUAAUCUUGUGACUUUUAACGGAUGCGUGUCAGGGCACAGGGAACAUGCCUAAUUAAUCAACUGAUUAGGGUUCUAAGAAUUGAGAAAAUGAUUGCAGUAAUGAGUAAAUAAUUUAAGAAUUUGGAGACGUUAAAUUAUUUCCACAUCUGAGUAGCAUCAAGGCUGAAUGCAGUGAUUGACAAAUGACAAUGGGAAAUAAAACUUUUAAUUUGCUAUAUCUAUUCGU